GGUAGUGUUCUAAUGAACGAACUCAUGCUGCUUGUAAAAUGUAAAAAAUGUAAAUUCAAGGAAUUAGUUUUUAAAGGACUAAUUUUAAACUGUACAACGAUCUAUGUUAAUGGAUAAAAUGUCUGAAGAAAGGGAGGUUUUUAAGUAUAUCGUUUGACUUAGACGAAUGCGCUUAAAAAAAUAAAGAAAAUUGAAAGAUAUCACGUUCUACAGAAAAAAGGGACGUAGAAAAGAGAGAGAGAGAGAGAGAGAGAGAGAGAGAGAGAGAGAGAGAGAGAGAGAGAGAGAGAGAGAGAGAGAGAAAUUCUCCGUUCUGCGGAAACAGUUAAUGGGUAAAAUAUAAGGAGCGUUACAUUAUGAAAAUUACAUUUCAAGUUAACUCAUUGUUAGGACGAGCGCGUAUGUAAAUGGUCAUCAAAUCUUAUUAUUCCUCGUCACGUUUUUCCUUUAAUGAAUGAAGUCAAGAAAUAAUUGGUCUGUCCAAUGCAGAAUGUCAGUUGCAAAGAAGACCGCUCACACAAACAUGCGUUCAGAAGAAGAAUGAUGGAAGGAAUGAGUAUUUAAGAAAGAAGAUAUCCAAUUUUGCACGUGAGAUGGAUUCUCGAAAAGGAAGAGGAAGAAGGAUGAGAAAAGGUGUUGUUAAGAUUGGUGAGGACGAGGGAGCCACUAGCGAGAGUUAUAAGAGGAAGAGAAACGGGGUGAAAAGAGGGUUGCCAAGAGGGUGGUAUGUGACGUCAUCGUUAAGGGGUUGCCCGGGCAACGAGAGUCGUCCGGCGCUUUGGGAGGCCGUAGCGCGUCGCCACUGGCGGUGCACCGUAAAAAUCAAUUUAGACGUCGGCUAGGCGAACGAGCUAGCUAGCUAGCUAGAUAGCUAGCUAGCAAGGGGUCGAGAAAGAAAGUAAGCGAGGAGCGAGCGAGCUAGCAGUGAUCGGCUCGAAACUACAUACGUGCUCGUCGUUUGAAACGAGUCAAGCCGUGUCGAGUCGUCACGAAGCGAGGCCAGGCGAGUGCACGCUUCUCAAGGCGUCGAGCUCGACGCGGCUUUACCACCUCCCUCUUUAUCCCUUUCUCUCUCUCUACCUCUCUUUCCCUCCACCUUUAGCUUCCAUCAUUGCUACCGUCAGCGUCAACCACUACUGUGCCGCGCCACCGGCAGCAGCGGUAGCAGCGCAAGCACCGAAAGCUCGCCGAGUUCGGAAACGCUUCGGCAGUCGCGAGUGGUCAACUCGUUCGAGCGGGUUACAGAAAGAGAGAGAGAGAGAGAGAGAGAGAGAGAGAGAGAGAGAGAGAGAGAGAGAGAGAGAGAGAGAGAGAGAGAGAGAGAGAGAGAGAGAGAGAGAGAGAGAGAGCGAGAGAGAGAGAGAGAGAGAGAGAGAAAGAUCGAGAGAGAGAAAGAGAAAGAAAGAGACAGAGAGGGUGGGAGGGAAAGGGAGAGAGAAAAAGAGCGAAAGAAAAAAGAGAAAGAGAGAGAGAGAGAGACUCGUGCUUGCGAUCGUGCCGCGCACUAAAGCACGCAUUUCCGAGAGCGCGAGCUCGAACGCGCAACGGCGAAGAUUAGAACACGAGAACGAAUAGAAAGGACCGUGACCAAGACGACUACGAGACGAGGACGAGACGAGACGAGACGAGGACGAGACGAGACAAGGACGAGACGAAACGAGACGACACGAGACGAGACAAGACGGAAACGUGCCGGUGACGCGGACAACCAAUUUUCGAAUCGAAACGCCAUACGACGACGCGACGAAAUACGUAUGGACGUCGAGAGGACAAAGAGGAGGAACGUUUUCACGAUGCUUUCGGGCAUGCGGAGCUUUCAGCUCUGACAUGCGUCGGGAGCGGAAUCAAGCUCGACGACACUCCUGCCGCCGCCGCCGCCGCCGCUGCUGCUGCUGCUGCUGCUGCUGCCGCUGCUGCUGCUGCUGCUAUUGUUGCUGCUACUCUUCUCCUUUUACGUGCGCCAUCGAGUUUUCCUCCUACGAGGGCUUUCUUCAAAGGCAACGACGACGACGACGACGUAUCGUCGAGUGAACCUCCGGGGAUUCGCUAGGUUGGAAGCUCACGCGAGUGCUUCUAGAAGUUGCCCGAUAAAUUCGAACGCGCCAUCGAAAGAGAAUUGCUCUUCUACUUUUUAUUAUUUUUCCGCGAUAACACGUAACAUCUUUCGAUACAUUUCUUUGAUUCGCCGAUACAGUUAAUUAUGUGAAAAAGCUCCGACAGUAGUAAGAGAGGAAUAUUGCGUGCAUUCCGUUCUAGUACGAUACGAUUGAAAGCUCGUUGCUUUUUGUACGGCGAACGGUGGGAAAGGCCGAUAAAAAGGAAAAGAAAGAUAGAAAGAAAUAAAAAGGAAUAGAGAGAAAGAGAGAGAGAGAGAGAGAGAGAAAGAAGGGCUCUCGUAAUUUUAAACACACGUUUGGGCCCUUCGAUAUUCUUUUUUUAUCGUACUACCCGACGCCGUCCUUCAUCGUUGUUCUUCACAUUUUUUAUCCGUCGAGACGCGCCGAAUUAUAUAUCGGUCAGGAAUUUUUUUCAAUGGUACAUGGUUUAUAGAGAUUUUUUCUCCUUAUCGGUGAUGAUCCUAAGAGUGCCGCUCUUUUUCGGCUGAUCGCCAAGAUCAGCCGCACCGGCGUUCCGCGCGCAGAGAAUAUGUUACGUAUAUAUUAAACAACAUUACGUAUCGUACGAUUUGAAAGCGUGCUCGAGCUCGAGAUGAAGAGAGAAGUGAUAUUAUCACAAGCGAUAUCCUGCUGAAUCAUGAGAAAAUAUAUAAUAAAUACUAUAUAAGAAAGAUUUCUUCGUCCUAACUAAAAUUUGAUGGAACUCUGAGAAUCAAAGGACAUCUCGUUCCAACAUGUCGUCCGUUUUCGUUAUUAUUACUUUUACGUGAAAAAAGAAGGGUGAAGAAGAAAGUAGGGAAGAGAUCGCAGCUUGCGAGCUCGUUAACUCGAGAAUGUAGUCAAGAAGAGAAGAGAAAGAUAGCGAUCGAAGAAAGGAUUCGUGUCGAGAAUGCUGGAAGACGAGUUCCUCCAGUGUUUUCGAGAGUUUAGCUGUUUGAGUCUGUGUCGUUCAAGGACGAAUCUUUGUCAAGGUCGAUCCUAACGCCUAGACGGCGUGAAGAUCGAAGAAGAAGUAGAAGAAGAAGAAGAAGAAGAAAGAAAGAAAGUAGGAGAGGAGGAAUGCAGUGGUACGAUGUGGAGGUUCGAGGUCAAUCUCGAGUCUAAUAGGAUAGGGAAUCGUGAUAUCGUUGUGGUCGGCGUCACUUUCGAUGUCACUCUCGUCAUCGACGGCAGAGGUUUGCCGUUGAGCAGAGAGUACUGCCAGUGUUCGGACGCUUCCAUCAUCAUCGAUGACCUUGGCGAACGAGGAACGCCGAGCGAGAAGCAGCCUCGAGCAUACGAUGAGCUUCGUUAGAGAUCCUAGAAGGAAUUUUCGAAUUAAAUGCGAUCUUGGUGAGAUCGAGAAAUAAUACUUGCAGGUGAUAGAUGAUAAGAGGAGAAAAAGAGAGAUAAAAAAGGAGAGACAGAGAAAGUGAGAAAGAGAGAGAGAGAAAAGAAAGAUUCCACCGUCGAGCAUGGCCUCGGUGGCAGCGUGGCUGCCAUUCGCCCGUGCGGCGGCGAUCGGUUGGGUGCCGAUCGCCACACACCCACUGCCACCGCCGCCGAUACCGAAGGAUCGUCGCAAAGCCGACGACGAGAAGCUCCUUAUUAACGUAAGCGGUCGUAGAUUCGAGACGUGGAGAAAUACACUCGAAAAAUAUCCGGACACGUUGCUCGGUUCGAACGAGCGCGAGUUCUUUUACGACGAGGAGAGCAAGGAGUAUUUUUUUGAUCGCGAUCCGGACAUUUUUCGUCACAUAUUGAAUUACUACAGAACCGGUAAGCUCCACUAUCCGAAACACGAAUGUCUGACAAGUUACGACGAGGAGCUCGCUUUCUUCGGCAUCCUACCGGACGUGAUAGGCGACUGCUGUUAUGAGGAUUAUCGCGAUCGCAAACGCGAAAAUGCGGAACGUUUGAUGGACGACAAACUCAGCGAAAAUGGCGAUCAGAAUCUUCAGCAGUUGCUCGAUAUAAGACAAAAGAUGUGGCGAGCCUUCCAAAAUCCACACAUCUCAACCGCGGCAUUGGUCUUCUACUACGUUACCGGUUUCUUCAUCGCCGUGAGCGUGCUGGCGAACGUGGUGGAAACCGUGCCAUGCGGCAAUAGACCUGGUCGUGCGGGUACACUUUCAUGCGGCGAACGAUACAAGAUCGUCUUUUUCUGCCUCGACACCGCCUGUGUCAUGAUCUUCACCGCCGAAUACUUGCUCAGGCUUUUCGCCGCGCCAAGUCGUUGCAAGUUCGCGCGAUCGGUGAUGUCGAUCAUUGACGUAGUCGCUAUACUGCCCUAUUACAUCGGUCUUGGUAUAACCGACAACGACGACGUUUCCGGCGCUUUCGUAACUCUACGCGUAUUCCGCGUAUUCCGAAUCUUCAAGUUCUCCAGGCACUCCCAGGGCCUCAGGAUUCUUGGUUACACCCUAAAGUCCUGCGCAUCCGAACUUGGCUUUCUUGUAUUCUCCCUCGCCAUGGCCAUCAUCAUCUUCGCCACCGUCAUGUUCUACGCGGAGAAGAACGUUGACGGUACGAACUUCACCUCGAUACCUGCUGCCUUCUGGUACACCAUCGUUACGAUGACUACGCUGGGGUACGGUGACAUGGUUCCGAAAACGAUCGCGGGAAAAAUCGUCGGGGGUGUAUGCUCCUUGAGCGGUGUCCUAGUGAUCGCUUUACCGGUACCUGUUAUCGUCAGUAAUUUCAGCAGAAUAUAUCAUCAAAAUCAACGUGCCGAUAAAAGGAAGGCACAGAGGAAAGCGAGGUUGGCUCGCAUCAGAAUCGCUAAAGCAUCAAGCGGUGCGGCCUUUGUCAGCAAAAAGAAAGCGGCCGAAGCACGAUUGGCUGCGCAGGAGAGUGGCUUGCAGCUGGACGAGAACUACAAGGAGGAGGAUAUUUUCGAAUUACAACAUCAUCAUUUACUUCGUUGUUUAGAGAAGACGACGGAUCGCGAGUUCGUGGAAAUGGAGGUGCCCUAUAAUGGUGCCCCAAAGAGGCCAGGUUCGCCGUCACCAUUGACGUCACCUGCCCACAGCACUGCCUCGAGAGGCGGCCUCCUGCAGUCCUGUUGCGGUCGCUGCUACCCUCAGCGUUACCAGAGCUUGUCCUAUCAGCUCACCUCGAACGAGAGCAAGGAUAGAGUGGUGCUCGUAUAUGGCGACCGUAUACAAGUGCGGAAAAAGGACCUAAAGAAGCGCGGUUCCCACACCUGUGACAUGCAGGCCCUACAGCCACUUCCGGUCCCCACCACCACAACCAACACCGCGCCUGCCAUGACUACUUCCGGUGGGCAGCCACCGCUUCCGCUUUCGGAGACCGCUUGAGUACGAUCGAGACCAAUCACGAUCACCAUAUCCGCUAAUAAGAUCACCUAUAACUAUCAUCGUUCUUCUCUACCGAUUGCUUCGAGAACUAACCAUGGCCAUCUGGCCAUGAAUACGUAAAGAAAGAACGAAUACACGAGUCGACGAGAUAGAAGUUUCGAAAUGUCUACUACUACACGGCAGAAAUAAUCAAGAGAUUAUUUGAAAAAAUGAGGAAAAUUCGACGAGAAGUUUCUCAAGAUAUAUCAUCGGAUCAAGAAUGGAAUAUUCAAGCAAGAUAAAAAUUGAGAGAAUGGAAUUGAUACGAUUUAACUACGAUCCAAGAUCAACGAUUGGUUCUUCUUGAAGAAAUUUUGUAUUGGAUCUCGUCGAUGAGACUAUAUGCACUAUUAAUUUUUAUUUCUAAUACACACACACACAUACACACACACACACAGAGAGAUAAUUUUGAUUCCGGCGAGAAAAGAUAGAAAAAGAUUGAAUCGAUGAUUUUGCAUAGGGAUCUUAAUAGCGAGAUUAAACGUCCAAAACGUUUCAACGGUGACCAUAGAAAUUCACGGUCUCGUUGUAACCUUUCGAAAAGAAAUUCUUCGCGUUUGACUUCGCGUUUACAAAAAUUUUCAUUGGACCGUAUGACAGAAAUUAUAAUGAUAAUACGUUAAUACUUUAGAUCCAGAAAGUCACUCGCAAAGGAUUACUAUAGAAUUUCCAAGAAUGAUGAUUCGAACAAAUUGAAUUUCUACAUUGAGUUUGAAUCACUAUUCGGGAUUCGUUUUAUCCAUGUUAAUUAUAUCGACAUUCAUCGACGUUCGAUAUAUUAUGAUGUUGUUUGCGCGCUUCUCUGUAAUUUGUUUAUCUUAUCAGAAAAGGAUGUAGGAAGAAGAUGGAAAAAAAGAAUGAGAUCUAAUUCUUAAUAAAAUGAAUCGAUUCUACCUACGACAGGAAAGAUAGACAAGUUGCGAAAUGAGAAAAUGGCACCAUAAUAUGCCUUACUCCGAGUCGUAUAGUUAUUUUUCAUAUCUUGCAAAAAGUUUUAGAUAUAUUCGAUAAUCUCAAACGUGGUGAGAUCGUGACGAUCUUACGAAUAAUUCGUAUGUGAAUGAUAUAUAUAUAUAUAUAUAUAUAUAUAUAUAUAUAUAUAUAUAUAUAUAUUAAUAAAUCUAUGUACUUAUUUUUGUUGAUUAGGCGAUCGGGCUUCGGGUCGAACUUCGUCGUUUCCUUAAAAAGAGAAAUUUUUCACCGUUUCUUAAUUCCUCGUUUUCUCUUGAUGCAUGUAUAACUAAUUACUUAUGAAUAUUUAAUAUAAUAUCGAGAAUUAAAAUUUUUCAUAAUUAUCAA